AUGACUUACGAGACUAUGGAUGAGGCCCGGGAUCAGCAGCCUAUAUGCCUAAUACCCACAGCAUUCACAAUGUCUGACACCGAGACCUAUGACCUCAAGACUAUAACAUUUGGUCCUCAAGAAGACCCCAAUGAAAACAUAACCGACUCUACACUAUCUGCCACUAAAUAUCCCCGAUGCUAUAAUCAUUUGAAUAAGUCGGCCGUCGAUAACAUACUGUUCCUGUUCACCAACACUCGUAGUACACAGUAUGCCCCUGGUGAGUCCGGUCCUAUUUUGCUAAACAUGUUGAAACAAAUUAGAGAUAACCCGCUAAAUGUAGACAUACCUUACGAUAAGAAAACCAUCUAUUGCUUUGAUAACGAGUCGUUCCGUUAUCUCGUGGCUACUGUUCCCCCGAAUAACAUGCAAUUCAGCGAUGACUUAACACUGGAGUAUAAAGAAAGUUGGGCAAGUUCUGUCAGAGAAUGCGAUCGACUACUGGAGCGCAUAGUUUCACUCCAACCCCACAAAAUACUGGACACCCUAUCCCUCAAUAACGCCAAACACAACAUCCUAUUACUGAUUAAGCCAUUGGCCGAUAUCGCCAAACAUAUCGCCGAUAAUCAACACCAAUGCGAGAUACAUAAGCGCCGGGUCAGGGAGUUUACGGGCACAAUAGAGCAGCUCCGGGAGGAAAUGUAUGUGCCAUCUGUUGACAUCAAGACUGUGUGUUUAGAUAAACCAAAAACUGUAUGCACUGAAGGGCCGUGCUGUGAGCACGUGGUGGUCAACGGAAUGAGCCAUGUCAAUUAUAAGUCUGAGUGUCAUUCACCAUGCUACAUACCGUAUAAUGGUGGCAAGGUCAAG